AACAGUUUAGGGCGCAAGAUCCGAACGGACUUGACUCAGCCCAUGAUAACCCCGCAUCCUCCACUGCCCCAGCGGGCCCUGGUGCGGACGUGAGCUGCCUCGCGCCCGCGAGUAGCUGCUAGGCGGAGCGCUGCCGCUUCCCCUUCCCUAAGUUGUAGGGCCACGCCCCCGCCUCCGACGGAGAAAUGAAAAUAUGGUGCUCUCCUACUCAAACUACUGUUUUUACUCUGUGUGUGUCAUCUAAACCUAUUCAGAGGAGCACAAAGAUAAAAUUGCCAAUAACUGAUUUCAGCUGAGCUGGAAACCUGUUGUUUGGACGCUGAACUAUGACAUCAUGGCAAGAUUUCACAGAAGAACAUGCAUUAUUUUGUUGCUUUUUAUUUUAUUCAUUUGCUCCAUGAUGAUGGCUUUGAAGACUCUGAGACCUGACAGAGCUGGUUUUGGGGAUCCAUUUGGACUUGGUCUCCUACCAGAACUUCAACAACGGACAACGCUCUUAGAAAAUAAACACAGUCCCCUAACUGCUGCCAAGGGGGAUAGUGUAACACACACCAAUAAUUUGCACAGUAUUGCAUUAAAUAGCAUUAAAACAUCUAUGGCCUCUGUAAGAAAGUUGGAAGAGGAAUUGCCUUCCCCUAAUUAUAACUUUCAUGUGUUCUACUACAGCUGGUUUGGGAAUCCACAGUAUGAUGGUAAAUAUAUUCACUGGAACCAUCCACUGGUGCCGCACUGGGAUUCCAAAAUUGCAAACAAUUACCCAAAGGGAAGACACAAUCCUCCAGAUGAUAUUGCGUCCAGUUUUUAUCCUGAACUUGGAACUUACAGCUCUAAAGACCCUUCUGUCAUAGAAGCCCACAUGCAACAAAUGCGUUCAGCCUCUGUUGGUGUCAUAGCCCUUUCUUGGUACCCACCUGGUAUGGCUGACGAAAAUGGGGAACCUGGUGAAGAUUUGGUGCCUGUUAUUUUGGAUAAUGCACACAAAUACAAUCUAAAGGUCACUUUUCAUAUUGAGCCAUAUAAAGAUCGAGAUGAUCGCAGUAUGUACAGCAAUGUGAAGUACAUUGUAGACAAAUAUGGAGGCCAUCCAGCUUUUUACAGGCAUAAGACCAGCACAGGCAGAACCCUCCCCAUGUUUUAUAUUUAUGAUUCUUAUGUAACAAUCCCUGAAAUAUGGGCAAAUCUAUUAACUGUUUCUGGAUCCCAGAGCAUUCGCAAUACUCCGUAUGAUGGAUUAUUCAUUGCACUUCUAGUGGAAGAAAAACAUAAACAUGAAAUCCACAGAAGCGGUUUUGAUGGAAUUUAUACAUACUUUGCCACCAAUGGUUUUUCUUAUGGCUCAUCUCAUCACAAUUGGCCAAGUCUAAAAGCCUUUUGUGACAGCAGCAACUUAAUGUUCGUUCCAAGUGUGGGACCAGGAUACAUUGACACCAGCAUCAGACCAUGGAAUAACCACAACACCCGCAACCGUGUUAAUGGGAAGUAUUAUGAGACUGCUUUCAGUGCAGCACUUUUGGUGCGACCAGAAAUUAUUUCCAUCACCUCUUUCAAUGAAUGGCAUGAAGGGACUCAGAUUGAAAAAGCUGUUCCUAAGAAAACUGGACAGGUAACUUACCUGGAUUACAAGCCUCAUAAACCAACUAUGUAUCUGGAGCUCACUCACAAGUGGUCUGAGAAAUACAGUAAGGAAAAAGAACAAUGGCUUAUGUGAGGUGCCACUGCACCUGUUUGUAAAUACAUUCAGUCCAUCUCAGAGGUGGAAAUGACACUGGGAAUUCUAAUUCAGCCAAUCAAGAUAGCUUUUAUCAUAAAUGUACUUUAAAAAAAAAACAAAAAUAAAAACCUUUGAAUGUAGUACGCACUAUUACUGUACCUGUUAGAAUUAAUUUUGACUCCUUUUAGGGGCUAAAAUAAUAGUGAGCAAUAUUGCAUCUCUAGGCUAUUUUAAUUGGAGAAUAUUUUGUGAAAUGUUAGAUGCUUUUUAUUCAUAAUCUGUAUGUAAAGCUUACAGAAACUCUAUCUGGAAUAAUUCAGAGGUGUCUCAAGUAAAGUGAGACAGAAUUUAGCAUAUUUACUUUUAUUACCUUUAGCUAUAUAGCUGUGUUUCAGAGUUGAAUACUACUGUGAUUAGAAUUUUGUCUCGAUAGUUCCUCAGAGGAUAAAUAUUUGUGGUGCAUGAAAUAACGUAGCAAUUGUUAUAUCAUUUGUACACCUUGUAGCAGGUGGAGAGUUUACUUUAACAUUUGACCUGUGGUACAAACACUAAGACGUGUGAAAUUGUUUUCAAAUUUACAACUUUUGGUUUCAAAAAUUGAUCAAAGGUGGUUUAGCUCUAGAUCAGUCUUGUAUUUAGAUUUUGCAUUCUGUAUUUUUUUGUAACUAUGGAGUGUCAACAAAAUGCAUUGAGACCUUCUAACUAGAUUAAAUUUAAAGAAGGAAUAACAGUAACUAAAAUGAGGGUGGACAGUAUCUGAGUGAUGAAAUUGCUCAAAAUAAGAAAAAUCGGUUUCUUAAACAAGAUUUUCUUUAAUGUUUACCAGGGAUAGAAUUUUUUUAUUACUUAUUGCAGACCUAGAUCCAGUGUUUGGAGGGGAAAAAAAUGAAAAGAUUACAAGUCACAUAAGUAUUUACUAGUCCUACAAUUGAUUCAUUUUCUAGAGCAGUCUUUGUUACAUGAUUUUAGCAGCACGUAGUCUUUGGCCACUAGAAUGAAUUUGUCUGUUGCCAUCUGAAAUCUUAGCUUUCAAGUUUUCAGACAGUUCAUUGGUUUCCUGCAGAACUAAAGGUAGCAGCUACCAAAAUCAUGUCAGAAUUCAGGUGAGGAGAAAAUACGGCAAGAUAGUAAUUGAGUGAUGUUCUUAUUGCAUUUCAUAACGUGCCAUUGCUAGAAAUGAGUGCUUAAUACUAUUUGAAAGCUGAGAUUCUCAGGUUUCAAUUAUUAUAAAUCAUUCCUUUCUAGGCCUGGUUGUUUCUGAGACACCACUCAACAAUGGUCUAUGUCUAGCAAUGCUUUUUUGGCACUUACCCUGUUCUGAAUAGAGCAAAUCCCCAAACUUGGACCACUGUGGGUUUCACUAUUUGGUUUCAUAGUUGUGGUGAAUUUGAGAGUACUUUGGCAAGUAUUUAAUCUGUAGCAUAGUAUAAUUGCUUUUAUUUUAUUUUAUUUUUACUCAGUUUAGGCCCUGAUCCUGCAUUGUGAUUCACAUGUACACUGCCCACUGAAGUACCAUUGACUUAAGAGAAUUUUGUGCAGGCACAGUAAUCUGCCCAUGCAGUCGCAAUGCAGGAUUGAAAAAGUGAAACUUUUUUUUUUUAAACAUGUUUAAAUUUAAUCUUAAUGACAUGAUGUUGCUGAUAUUUGUUAGUGACUUCUUAAUGUGAAGGAAGGAAGGGUUUAUCUGAAACUUGUCUCCAUAGAUAGUUUUUUCACCAAACUUAUGCAGGGAAACUGUCUGAAAUUCUUUAACUGUUUUAUACAUCCAGGCUGGCAAAUUGUAUGUAAGAUUUCUCUUCAAAUUAUUUAAAUGGUUCUAUUAGUAAGCCCCCAAACAUCAUAGGCAUGGAAAUUCCAACUUAUUUUUAACUAAGAUUAACUUAUAGGACCAUAUUCUCAGCUACAGCCAAGGAGUGUGAGGUGUAGCUUACAAAAGGGGCUGCGGAGGAGCCAUUUGUGGCUCCCAGUGGUGGGAUCAGUUCUGCUCUCUUUGUGUCCCUAGUGUAGUUUAGAGCAGCCUCAAGAGUGUGUGUGUGUGUAUGU